CAAAAAUAGUUUAAAUAUGUUUAAUCUUUUCUGUUUAAGAACCAUUUAACCUCUUGUGAAUAUCAAGAAGUAAAAUGCCUCAACGAACAAUGCUCUGCUACACUUUUGCGUAAAGAACUAAGUGACCACAUGGAAAAGCAUUGCAUUUAUCGUUUGGUUACCUGUCGAUAUUGCGAACAAAAGAUUGUUUUUUGUAACAAUCAAAGUCAUGAAGAAAACUGCGAAUGUUUACCUCUUUGUUGUGUAAAUCAAUGUGGUAUGAAAAUUUUGCGUAAAAAGAUGUCUUCCCAUAUUACUGAUAGUUGUGCUAAUACAAUUAUUCCAUGUCAGUAUUUGAAUAUUGGAUGCAAAUUUAAGGGAAUGAGAAAAGAACAUGAAACACACGCCAAUUCUUCAAUGCAAAACCAUCUUUCAAUGGCAAUAUCAAAAUUGGACGCAAUUGAAAACAAAAUUACUUUAACAGUGGAUACACUUGAAAAUAAAAUUGUGUCAAAAUUGAAUGCACUUGAAAAUAAAAUGGCGUCGAAAAUGGAAUCACUUGAAACCAAAGUUGCGUCGGAAUCGAUUGCACUUGAAAAUAAAAUUACGUCAAAAAUGGAAUCACUUGAAACCAAAAUUUCGUCGGAAUCAGUUGCACUUGAUAAGAAAAUAACCUUGAAAGUAGAAUCAUUUAAUAACAAAAAUGCAUCAAAAGUGGAUGCACUUGAAAAUAAAAUUACGUCAACUGUGGAUGUACUUAAAAAUGAACUUAUUUCAAAAGUGGAUGCACAAAAACAUGAAAUUAUGUUACAUGAGAGAAACUUGGAAGUAAUAAAAGCCUUUCUUGCACUUGAAAUGGUCCGUUUUAAGGAUUUCUUUCCAGUCUUCGAGGCUCAGGACCCCGACUCCAACCACUCCGUCUUCCAUAACACCUUAUACCGACUCGUGAGACAGGAAACACAGGAACUGCAUGAAUUUCAAAAAACGCAGAAUCCUUACCACCCGCGUAUAACUCGUCCCUUCAAAUAUUACAGGAAAUGGCGUGACACCUAUAAAGACACAGAUCGAGAAGACUUUAGGCUUUUAUGCUUGAAGGCAAAAAAAAAUUAUAGAUAAAUCAAAAUGUUUUACUUGUGGCGCGUAUAUAUUUUAUUCACAUUGCCAUUCGCGUCGCCCCCCUAUAUAACAGAUAAGAGGUUUUUGGCCCAGAUAAGUUUUACAACUUUUUCGUAUUAUUUUUCUCUUUUUUUAUUUUUUUUUCAUAAGUAUUUUUUGUUUUUAAUAAGUCUUUUUAAGGACCAUUAUGUGGAAGGAAACCAUUAUGCGAAUAUUUUGCCAUUAUCCCUUAGGUUUUUUAAGGAUCUUCAUGUGGAAAGAAAUUGUAAGUUGAGAUAAAGUUUUGCAAAAGUAGUAAAAAUCAAUUAAAAAUAAUUUAAAAA